CUCUCUCCUUCCGCCCCUUUCUUUCCGACAGGAAUGGCUUCGUCUGUUGAGAGCGCCGCGCUCGCCCUCUCGUGCCUGCUCGUCGCAGCCAUGGUCCGCAGCGCUGCCGGCGCCGGGCGAGAGCUUGAUCCCGUCCAAGGCGAGGGCCAGGGGCUGGACAUCGGCACGAAGGUGCCCGUCGCUUCCUUCGUCAGCCCCGAGGACCUUGAGAAGAUCUUCGCCAAAGACGCCCAGACGGAAGUCAUCGAGAAGGACUUUUCCUUCACUGUACGUAAGCAGACAGGGUGGACUGACUGGCCGGAUGGGGACGUGCUCUGAAUCGUCUCUCUCUAUCUCUCUCUCUCUCUCUGUGUGUGUGUGUGUGUGUCUGCCUCUCUGUCUGUCUGUCUGUCUGUCUGUCUGUAUGUUGUGCAGGAGGGCCCCGUGUGGGUUCCUGAGCUUCGAGAUGGCAGGGGGGCGCUGCUGCACACGGACCUGGACUUGAACAACGUGUACGAGUGGUGUCCCGACACGCAGCGCGGGAGAGUCUUCUUCACCAACUCGGGAGGCUUCGUCGAGUGGUCCGUCGGCCAACGCAACUCGGACUUCAUCUUCAUCAGCGGCAAUGGUAGGUGGGUACUACACUACCUUCAGGCAGACAGACACUCCCCCUCCCUCCCUCCACACACCGGCUCUCUCUCUGGUGUGUGUGUGUGUGUGUGUGUGUGUGCUGUGUUCCCUCCUUCAGGCCAGGCCAUCGACCCCACAGAACGGAAUUUCCUCACCAUUGCGCAGCAUGGGUCGUUUCGUGUGUCGAAGAUCGACCUUGGGCCGCUGAUCAAAAAUGGCGGCGCGCUGGCGCGCAUCGACGAGUUCCAGACCAUAGUCGACAACUUUCAAGGCGUGCGCUUCAACAGCCCCAACGACGUUGUUUACGCGUGAGGACCUGCCUGCCUGCCUGUGCAGAGAGGGAUGUGUGUGACGAUCGAUGUGCCUCGCCGUCCGUCAUGCGAUAAAUGUUAUGUGGGUGUGUUGUGUGCAGGUGCAAUGGUGGCCUCUACUUCGGCGACCCACGUACGCCACACGCUGCACAGGCCAGGCGGAGAGAGAGAAUGAAGAUUCUGUGCCAUGCCGUGGCAUGCUGUGCUGUGGUGUGCUGUGCGAUGAAUGGAAUGCAGCGUUCGGCCGGCAAGCCGUGUUCGGUGAGGCGAGAACGGAAGGUGACGCCAGGAGUGAGAUCAACGACGCCUUUGGCUUUGUGUCCGGUAAGGCAGGCAGGCAGGCAGACCCCCCCCACACACAUGGGUCGACGGAUGGUCCACGAUCACGGACGUCUCUCUGAUUCGAUCGAUCCGUGUGUGUGUGCGCGUGUGGGUGUCUGUAGGCGUCUACUACGUGCCGCCCGACUCGCACGAUGCCGAGCUGAUCUUGCGGAACGUGUACCGCCCCAACGGCAUUGGCAUCAGCCCCGACGACAGCCUAAUUAUCGUCGGCGACAGCCUGUCGUCGUGCAAUGUGCCGUUAACACUCACUGCAACCUGAUGGACAAUGCCCAGAGGGCCAAGAGUCGGACACCUCAGAGGGAAACUUGGGUCUCACCUUCCCCUCGGGAAGGUGGUAUGUCGCCAAGUACGUGACCUCCGUCUCAGACAGACACACAGACCUGUCACACCACACGCAAUCACCACGCACCCACAUGGCGUCAUUAUAUGGCGGGGUGGUUCAGGGUGGACCCGCACGAUCCGAAGGAGACCCAUGAGAUCCUUUUGGUGUCCGAGGAGGAGUUCGCCGCCAAGGUCGACUUCAGCAAGUAACUAAAGCAACACGACACUCUGAGCGUGACACAUUGGUGCUGCAUUUGCUGACUGCAACAGAGCGGGCUUCAUCGACGGCCUCGACAUCUCGGCGCCCAACGAGCACUUCCCCAACGGAGUGCUCUUCGCCUCAGGACCAGGGGGCCUCUACGUCAUCAAGGUGCCCGAGACCAAAGACGUUGAUCUGAGCCAAGAUGACGCAGGCGCCCCGAUUUUGGCCUUCAUCGACACCUCGACCUUCGCCGUCAACGCCCACGUGGCCCCUGAUGGUUUCCUGUAUAUCACGGGGGGCGCCAAUCUGUUCAGGAUUAAGCUGGCCGACAGCAUCAAGCCGGCCAUCUCAAGGUGUCAUUAGCCGCAUUGAAGUGAUGAUAUAUGAUGCUUCAUAUCGACUGCGGACGGGCAAAUGGGCCCCCGCUCUCUAGUGUUUGGUUGGUUGGUGUUUUUGUGAGCAAGGUACGCCGUGUGUGGAAAACGUGCUCUCGUCUUGUCUCUUGUCUGUGUGUGGAUGUCAUGUGGAUGGCCGAAGGAGAGAGAGAGAGAGAGGGGGGGAUGAUGUCCUUUUGUGGUCUUUUUCGGCUGCAUGUAUCGGAUGCGAGAGAUGACCUAUGUGAGAUGAGGGGAGGUCGGUGAGAGCACUAGUGGGCAAGGUUGUUCGGUACUGACGGCGAGUCUGUCGCCGGAUUGGGUGGUCUUGUCAUCUAUCUGAUGUCGUCUAAUGCCGCGUUAAACGCGUUUAGACAGUAAUGAAUGCAGUGCACGCACGGCCGUGUCUCAGAAAUGGGAGAGGCGUAUUUUAUGUGUGUAUGUGUGUGUGGGUGGGUGGGUGGGUGAAAGAAUUUUCUACCUAUCUCUCUCUGUCCGUGCCAUUCAUCUGUCUGUCUGUCUCAGCCCUUGGGCUCUGUCUUUCUCCUUCUUCAUCCGUCUGUGUGCAUGGCCGUUUUCACAUGUUUUCUACAGGCAUGGCCAUGCUACCUGCCUGCAUGCCCCCCGACACAAAUGCGCCGAUGCAUCCAUCCAUCCAUUGCCACCAAAUUGUGGCAAAUUUGUUGAUGCGUGCCAUCUGUCUGUCUGUCUGUCUGUCUGUCUGCUCGUGCGGGUCGCUUUAAACGAAUGAACGAAUGGAUGAAUGGCCAGCCAGUGCUCCAGGCACUUUCUGUGUGUCACCUCUUAUUGCUCUCGGUGUGCUCUCUCGUGUGUGUGUGUGUUCCUGCCUAGUAUGUGUGUGUCCGCUGCUGCGUGAGUCCGGACAAUGUGUGUGCUCGUGUGUGAGUGUGUGUGCGUGUGUGCGUGUGUGUGCUUGAGGAACCAAAGCUGCCUGACGUACGUACGCAUGUGGGCAGAGACACAGGCAAUUGACGAACGCAUCGAUGGCUGAGUGUGGAGUGGGGUGUGGGAUGUGCUGAUGAGCGGAAGCGCACGCACAAGGAGGAGAGGAAGGCCAGGGAGUGAGUGACCCAUGAGCGUGGGGUUCGUUUUAUCUCCAUCCAUCCAUCCAUCCAUCCAUCCCCUCUGUGCUAUGCAUACGCUGAAUUCUCUUGCAUAAUUAUAUAGCGUGUGGAUGGAUGGAUGGCGGCCGGGGGUGAACCAACGCUUCAAGCGUACGUAGUCGUUGACGAGGGUCCCUCGCCUCUCUCUCUCUCUGUUGUGCUGUGAAGUGAAGGAAGACAUUUGUUGGGAUUUGCCAUGUGUUUUACGAGUCAUAGCGCUCUACCUACUGUUUUGGCACACUUGAGCGUUGACUGACUUUGCUGCCUGUUUCCUGCCUCUGCCUUCAUGUAAGUGGGUCGCCGAUAAGCCCAGCCAGCCUGCAUGUCAUCGUGGGUCGCCGAUAGCCCAGUUCGCCAAGGCCACGUGCCUUUUCGUGUUCGCCUUCGUGUUUGCCUGCCUGCUUGUUUAUGUUGGACCUCUCUGCCGCUCUUUUAUCAACGCUCGUGAUUUGUGGGACUCUGCUAUCCACACAACAACUUCAACAACAUUUACCACAUCUCUAGCUACGCGUUUGUGUGUAGUGUGACGCUGCCUGCACUGGCACAUAGUAGCAAUGGUCGUGGUGU